AUGGCAGUGCCCAGCACCUUCCUCAUGCCCAUCCUCCUCCUCCUCUGUGGGCUGGGCCCCUACCUUGCUGCUGCGCAGAGCUCCCCAGGGGUGGAGUGUGUCCUCUUCAACGAGGAGUACAUGACCUGCACGUGGGGCAGCAGAGAGACGCUCACGGCCAACUACUCCCUCUACUACUGGUAUGAGAACAGGUCCCCCGUGAUGGAGUGCAAGCACUACCUGCAGGACCAGGGCAUCAGCAUCGGCUGCCACUUCAACCAGAGCGAGAUCAUCCAGUUCCAGCCUUUCCGUGUCCGCGUCAACGCCAGCGUUGGCGGCAGAACCCUGGAGAUCCCCAGCAAGCGCAUGGAGCUGCAGGACCUGGUGAAACCGGAGGCACCUGUCAACCUGACCAUCCGCAACAUGAGCAGCAACCAGCUGCAGCUGACCUGGACCUCCCCGUACCCCAAAACCCAGUGCCUGGAGCACACCGUCAAGUACAAGAGCAACAAGGACACCAGCUGGACGGAACACCGGGUGAAUGGAGACAUUUUCUCCUUACCCAGCGUAGACUAUGAGAAGUACUACACCUUCUACGUGCGCAGCAAGAUCAACAGGUACUGUGGCAGCACCCAGCUCUGGAGCGAGUGGAGCGUCCCUGUGGUCUGGGGCAGCAAGGGCACGGUGGAGGAACAGCUGCACUGGUUCUGGAUCCACACGGUCUUGAUCCCCAUUGCCUCUUGCCUGCUCUUACUGGUCCUUGUCGUCCUGCUGGUGCGCAUGGAAAGGGUGUGGGUCAUCCUCAUGCCCCGAAUCCCCAACCCCAGCAAGAACUUCGACGAGCUUUUCAUCACCCACAACGGCAACUUCCAGGAAUGGGCUGGAGUCCCCAAAGAUGUCGUGGAGAGCUUCAAGCCCAACUACAGCGAGAGCAUCUGCUAUGUGAGUGAGCUGCCCCCCAAGGACAGCUACGAGCAUCUCUGGGAAAGCAGCAACCACCUGCAGUCGGUGAUUGCCCCGGCUGCCCCGCACGAGCACAGCCCCUACAAGAACAGCUACAUGGGAGUGUGA